UGCAGUUUUGUUUUGUAGGUCUGCUCAGCCCAGUACAGUACUGCUGCAUUCAUGAGGGAACACAGUCCAGCCCUUGUUCCCCCAAGAGACUGUAAUAAAACUCCACUGAAACUGGAGGCACUUUUUAUCCAGGUUGAAAAGCCAGUCUCGCCACCAACCUACAUCCCACCACUACGUCUCCUCAUCUUCUGCUGCUUCUUGUGCUUCUCCUGCUGCUUUAUUUUCCACACAUAAGUGAGUGUAAUAAUAAUAAUCUUCACAGCUGACCAAUGCGCACUCCUGGAGUGUUGAUUUUCGGACUGGUCUUAGCACCUUGCGGUUGGAUCUUGGACCUGACGAGCACAGUAUCCCCCAGCUGGCGCACCGUUCAGUACAUCACAGGACAACCUCAAGAUCUGGUGCUACAACAAGGACUAUGGGACAUAUGCAGGACCUUCACCACGUCCAGAAACGUCUACUGCAACCAACAGGACAGUGAAUACUUCGCCAACCAGGUAGUUACAACCAGCCAAAGGCUGAUGGUGACAUCUUUGGUUAUUAACCUUAUAGGUCUGGCUGUGGUCUCAGCUGGAGUGAAGUGUUGGAGCGAUAGACCACCCAACUGGACCGUGACUGGGAUUGGUGGCCUUCUGGUUUUCUUCUCAGGGAUUCUUUCCCUCAUCCCCAUCGCCUGGUUUACCAACAUGAUUCACAACAUCAAAUCCCCGUCUACAGACAUCCGUGUUGGGUACUGUAUUGUGCUGGGCUACAUGGGGAGUCUGAUGAACGUUCUUGGUGGAGGCGCCAUGUUUGCUGGAAUACGGAAGUGCUGUGGUGGGCUGAACCGCGGGGAGAAGCACAGCAUGGAGGAUCGGUUUGAAGCUGUUGUGGCACCAGAGGUCAACAGGAACCUGGGUAGGCCAAACCGGGAUCCAAAUCCUAGAGAUUUACCUCAGGAUAACCAGAGGGAAACCAGCUCACCACAUAGGAGUCAAGAGAAUGGACUGGUCAACUCAUCGUACAGCCACCAUGCUGAUUCAUGAUCAAGGAGAAAAGCUCUGGAAAAAAAGAGGCCACUUAAAAAUGAUGAGUUUCUUUGAUUUUACCAAAUUGAAAUACUCUGGAAUAUGAUCAAGAGAAAGAUGGAUGAUCACAAACCAUCAAACCAAGCUGAACUGCUUGAAUUGUUUGCACCAGGAGUGAGUAGAAUUAGGUUAUCCAAAAGCAGUGUGUAAGACUGGUGAAGGAGAACAUGCCAACAUGCAUGAAAACUGUGAUUAAAACCAGGGUUAUUCCACCAAAUAUUAAUUUCUGAUCUGAAGCUUAAUGACUAUUAACUUGUUUUCUUUGCAUUAUUUGAGGUCUGAAAGCUCUGCAUCUUUUUUUGUUA